UACCAAGGGGCGCUCUAUAGGGAGAAACCUGGCAAAAAUCAACGUAAAGGAAACAACAACAACAAUAACUCAAAGCAGCCUGCGAGAGCGAAGAAUGGUGGCCAUCGUGCUCCCUAUGUUGAAGAUGCGCCUGAUUCCCAAGUCAACCUACCACCUGUCGCACCCACUCCCCCACUACCCACCACCGAGACCAAGUCAAAGCCUACAAAAGAAAAUACGAACCCUGUGAAUGUCUUCGAUUUCCUAGUCGCCGAGAAUACUCCAAAUGCGUCCAAGGUUUCCCUUGAGCGGCCCAAAGAACAGAUGCGCAUGGUUGACCACGCCCCUUCGGUAUUUGAGCCUAGUCAGAUGCUGUCGCGCGUUGAUACGGAUGGCGAUGAGGAGAACAAGGAAUAUGAUGUGGCAUAUGAGGAGAACGGAUUUUCCUACGGUGCAGGCCCCAUCCACCACCCGUACCCAAACAAGACCGCCGCUGUCUCUACGGAAUUCAUGACCCCUGCGCCGAAGAAAAAGAAGGACCGAACACGGCGACAGUCGCCGUCCAACGACCGCUCAGCCACGACCACAAGUGAUAAGAAGAGGAAGCGCCACACCGAAGACCACGAUAUGGAGGAUGUGGACACGCCUAUGCUGGAGGCCCCGUCUAGUGUCGUGAACCACCCUGGUACCCCCAUGCUCACCCACUCGGGUCUCACCGGGGGCCUGAAUCGCAUGCUUCGAUCACCGUCUUUGGACGACGAUGAUAAUGGUGGUGAUGAGGGCUCCGACAGCCGUCGCCGACGCUACCAGGAUCCUUCCUCCCCUCUUAAGCGUACUCGGCGUGACGAGAAGGACGGCCACGGCGAUUCCGGACUGGGAAUUUCCAUCAAGAACCGUGCCGAGCGUCUGGUCUCCUCGAUGUUUGGAGGCUCUAGCGUUUCCGGCAGCAGUGCAGCUGGCAAUGAAGCCUCUGCAAAGAACCUCGCCCGCACACGCCGCCACAGCUCUUCCGACGAUGAGCAUGCGCCACCGCAGAUUGAAGUUCGCAAGUCCAAGAAGACUCACCGAGUUCGCAACGCAUCGAACGGCCAUGCCGUGCCGGAGGAUCCCCGCAAAACCAAGCGGAAGAGCAGUGCGCAAACCGACGGGGACCGCCCGUCGCGACGCCUCAAGCAACUCGAGUACCCCGACCGCCCAUUCUCCCCCCGCGACGAGGAUGGCCAAAUGGUUGUCUAUCGACAAGAGAACAUCCCCGACGAGCUCCAGCGCCAGAUGGCGACCCAUUUCUUAUCGCUGGUGACCAAGGGCCCGGAGAGUGCUCGCGGCUUCUCCAUCAACAAAGUCCUCAAACGCUUCCAUCGCGAUUUCACCGACGAGUUCGAUGGAGACCGAGGUCGUGGUCAGGGCCGGAGCCGUGCUGAUCGCGAGCGCCGGGUGGAUGACGAGAAGGAUCUGUUCCGGACAUUACGGCUGAAACAGAAUGACCGUGGUGAGAUUGUGGUAUUUUUCUAGUUCAUCACCAGAUAGUUGCAUCACUGUUUUUAUUUUUAUUUUUAUUUAUUUUUUUUUGCAUGGAAUGGAGAGAUUGGAUCUGGAUACUGGUGUUUCUUUCCCCUUCUUUAGGAACCGCAUAGCGACGA